AGACAAUCUAUCAAUUAGUCUUUGAAUUACAUAGAAGUUUUUAGAAGAUAGGUAAUGAUACUUUGUAAAUAUUAUAGGUCUAAAAUUAUAAAUGAAGCAAAAGCUAGAAGUGUAUUCUAAGAUGAUAUUCCAGUUAGUACGAAGACUGCACACAGGGCCAGUGUGUCGAGCUGCGGAGUCAUCAUUAUUAGCAAAACUGAGAAAAAAAACAGGAUACACUAUUGCAAAUUGCAAAAAAGCUUUAGAAAUGCAUAAUAAUGAUACUGAUAAGGCAGAGACUUGGUUGAAUGAGCAAGCUCAAGCUAUGGGCUGGGCCAAAGCCACUAAACUCGCUGGUCGGACUGCUCUUCAAGGGCUUGUCGCUGUCAAAUUUAAUCAAGAUCAUGGAGCAUUAGUAGAACUCAACUGUGAAACAGAUUUUGUUGCUAAAAAUGAGAAAUUCCAUCAAAUGAUUGAAGAUGCUGCUAGUGCUUGUUUCAAAUUUGCAAAUACUCACCUAAAAUCCAAGGAUCCUGUUACAAAGAUGGAAUUGGACAGUGAACAACUAAGCAAUCUAUCUACUGAAGGCGGUAAAAAAUUAUCUGAAACGCUGGCGUUAUUUAUAGGAUCUGUCGGUGAAAAUGCUGUACUUCGGCGUGCCGAGUGCUGGAAAGCCAAUGGCAAAGAUGUAAAGAUAGCCGGGUACACGCAUCCCGCCCCAGCCGCCCCAGGGCAAUACUCCGCCGGAAAGUAUGGCGCUCUACUCGCGUACAGGCAGACUGGAGAUAACCAAGAUAUCGGCCGUCAGCUUUGCCAACAUAUCGUCGGCUGCGCUCCAAGGAAAAUCGGCAACAAAGAUCACGACAAACCGGCCAAGAAUGCGGACGAUGAAACAUGUCUCAUUUACCAAGAAUAUCUGUUGGACCCUUCCUAUACUGUAGAAGAAUUGCUACAGCAAAAUAACGUGGAAGUUCUCGACUACGUACGAUUCUCAUGCGGCGAAGCUGUUGAAGCGAACAUGCCCGGCGUCGAGAAGCAAUCGUUAGAUACUGUACAAACUUUGCAGUAGAAGCAUCCCGCCUAUAUAGUAGCCUGUUGGAACCUUUUAAAAGUCAUCUUUUAUCUCAUAUUCAAAUUUAUUUUGCAUUUUAAAGUAAUAAAGACUAUGUUAUUU